AUGGGUAUCCAAGGCCUUGCUAGGCGUCUCGAGCCCUAUGCGACGCGGCUUUCCUCCGAGCAGCUAGACGGCUACUCCGCCGUGAUAGACGGCCCUGCGCUCGCCUACUACGCUCACAAAUUGGCCCUCGCUUCAGCUGCUAGCGCCACCCGAAUCCCGUCUUAUGCAGACAUCGUCGCUGAAGCACUCCGCUGGCUGACCUCGUUGGAGAAUAGCAACAUCAAGGUGUCUGCCAUCUACUUCGAUGGAGCCUUGCCUACGUCAAAGCGAGCCGAGAGGAUAUCCAGGACCGAGGCGAACAACAGACGAGUUCAGCAAUUUCGCAACAACUACGCUACCGUUUCCUGUCCUGUUCCCACAUACCUGGGCUCUAUCUCAUACGCCUUCCUUGCGCCUGCACUGCAAGAAGCGUUACUAGAUUCGCCCUUUGCCUCAAAGACCAAGGCAGUACCUGGCGAAGCCGACGACUACUGCGCGCUGCAUGCCAAACUACAUGCGCAAUCCAUCAUCUUCACAAGCGACACGGAUCUCGUACUAUACAAUUACUCGGCAGAUACGCUGAUAGUUUUCCUUCACGAUGCAGACGUAUCCACCGGCAUCAACGGGUAUUCACCGAACGAGAUCCGAAAGCAAUUACAAGUAACAAGCCUAGUGACAUUCGCAUAUACCCUUAUCGAGAAUCCACAGGAUAGUGCGAAGCUUCUAGCUCACCAAACCCAUGGCGUAGACCGGAAUUCUAUACGGUACCUUGACUUCGCUCGCCGAUACGUCGCGGAGGAUCCAACUAUAGUUAGUUCAGGCGGCUCACUUUGGGAAGAGAUACCUAGGAUUGACGUACGGCUAUCCGAAUUCAUGUUCCAAGCCUUCGACAAAAUAGAAUUCCCCCAUGUAUACAUGCCCUUACUCAUUGAAGAGCCCAAUCAAGCAUCAGCUUGGAACGUAGGGCGCGAGAUACGUAGGCUGGCAUACACCAUAGCCGCAAAAGAUGUGUAUACGGUAGUACAAGAGUACAGAAGAAAAGCACAAGGUAUCUCCGUCCAGGAAAUCUCCAUAUACCCCCCCUGCUUCGACCAAACCCCCAUCGAGGACCUGGAGCGACAGAUGCGCGGAUUGAAAGAAUGGCGAGAUGCGAAGUCCAUCAGCACCGAACUCCUCUGGCCGCUUUACGGUAUCAGUCUAGUCCUCAACGAAUUGAACACCCCGCCUCCGAUCGCCCUCGUCCAACGAGUGUUGAACUGCGAUUUUGAUAACAGCUGGGCAUUCGUACACCUCACGGCGCGAUUACAUGCCGCUCUCUACUCAUUGCGCAUGCUACUCCAAAUGAUCAAGGUCGGGGAAGCAACAAUGGUGCCCGACUUCAUAGUAGACGUCAAUGAUCGACAAGAUGUCGAACAGGCCCAGCUGCGCGGAAUCAUGUCCAAGAUCGCCGGUCACAUGUCCGACUUCCCCUCGAUACCUGAGGUCAUGGGUGUUCCGGGACAGACAAAGCGCAUCCUGGCUGAACACGACAAGUUGAAGGAAUUGAUUGAAGAGAUAUAUAGAUCUGCUGGUGUUGAGGUGCCAAGCGAGCAGGUGUCGAAUAAGAAGAAGAAGAGGCAGAUGAGGGAAGGGGAGAGGAAGAAGAAGAAGGCUGAGCAGAGGAUGCAGGCUAAGCCACAAGUUGGUAACGCCUAUUCGCUUUUAGGAGAGGGGUGA